GGCCUGAGCAGCUUAUUUCAGAAUAUCUCCUUAUCAAGAGAACACGCACCUAUUACAAAAAUGAAUCAAUCAAAAGGGGAUUGUAUGAAAUAUAAAUCGUUUAAUGAAACAUUCAAGUUUUGCUCUUUUGCGCUCGCUUUGGGCCUAAUUUAUCCAAACCGAAAAAAUGUGUGUCUGAGAUCCACGAUUUUCUUCUUCGUAAUGCUGUUUAAUUUUGGUACUUUAUUUUGGUUCAUAUGGUACACUGUCAAAUGUUUGUGGCAACUAGACAUUUACAACUCGACGAGGAAUAUAACAGUUGGAGUUAUCAUCCUGCUUUUUGUUUUAAAGACCAUUUACGUAAAUUUGAAAACGGAUAUGUUUGCAUCUUUGUUAGAGCAAAUAACUAAAGAUUUAUUGAAAGGAAACAACAUGGAUACGGACUAUCAAGAGAUUUACGACUACUAUAUAAAACAAGGCCUGUUUGCUCAGAUAUGUUACGUAUGGACUCCUGUUAUUUUGGCAUCAAUAUUCCCUACAUACGCUGGUAUAAGCAUGAUUUACGGAAGCUUGAGGUCCGAUAACUUCAAAAAAGUUAUGUUGCACGAAAUGGAUCUGAAAUAUUUUGAAGAUAAGCAAUACGAUUCUCCAUAUUUCGAAUUAAUAUUUGUAUACCUUUUUUUGGGGAUUUAUAUUAUGGUUCCAAAUUUUAUGGGCUUUGAUGGAUCGUUCUGUAUUGCGACCAGUCAUCUACGUAUGAAAUUAAAGCUUAUGACUCAUAGCGUCCAAAGAGCUUUUACAGAUUCGAAUGAUAUAUUAGAGUUGAAAGCGAGAUUGAAGACUUGUGUUAAAGAUCAUCAAGAAGCGCUUGAGUUUUAUGCUCUUAUUCAGAGAGUGUACGGAGGCUGGUUAUUCGCUGUAUUUCUGCUGACUUCGUUUCUGAUCUCUUUCAACCUGUAUCAGAUAUAUCUUACUGGCAUUGACCCCAGGUACACCACGUUUGCUGCCACUGGCAUAUUUCACAUGUAUAUGCCAUGCUACUUCGCCAGCUGUUUGAUUGAGUUAGGAGAACAGUCAUGCACAGACAUCUAUUGCGCUAAAUGGGAGCGCUGGGCGGACCCAACGGUCACCAAGUUCCUGGUAUUCAUGAUGGCUCGAGCACAGAAGAGGCUGCUGUUAAAUGGCUUGGGCAUAGUCUUUUUCAACAUGGAAAGCUUUGUGUCGUUAAUGCAGACAUCUUAUUCUUUCUUUACAUUAAUCACUAGUAAAUAAAUACUUUGUUGAUAAAACCU